UUGAGGUCAGCUCGUUGCGAAGCGAUACACACACAUCACAAGUCGGGUGGAAUCUGUUAACACUGUAGAAAGAAGUUAACAAGUUUAAAUUACAAGUAAGUUUUUCGAUUGGAAUCUAUGCUGUCUACGCUGUUGUGAUACUAGUGAUAACAGUUCCUGCUGUAGUUGACUAACCAUGCCUCACAACAACGUCCGGAUCUUGAUCACCCCGAAUGCAGCAAAAGACAGAGUCAUCAGCAAAUUUCCACCUGCUUUCCAUCCUGAUGGUACACCAUACCUUCAAACGAACUUUCAUCCCAAAGUAAAGAAUGCUUGUUUGGAGAACAGAACUGGUCGUGUUAGCCUUCGCAUCUCAAAAGCUGUGAUUGUUGGAGAUAUUUCAAUUGGUAAAACAAGUAUGGUGAAUAGGUUCUGUCAUAAUAUAUUUGACCGAGAUUAUAAAGCUACCAUUGGAGUAGAUUUUGAAGUGGAAAAGUUUUCCAUCCUGUCAGCACCUUUUACUCUCCAAUUAUGGGACACAGCUGGUCAAGAACGGUUCAAGUGUAUCGCUGCUUCUUAUUACCGUGGGGCUAAUUUAUUAAUUACUGCUUUUGAUCUUUCCAACAUAUCUACACUACACACAGCAGUUACCUGGAUGACAGAUGCUGCCAAAAAUGCUGACAAUCCUUGUAGAUUCUUGGUAGGAACCAAAAAGGAUACACUUUCAGAAGCGGCUUAUAGGAAUGUAGAACUUCAGGCAAUAGAAGUAGCCAAUUCUAUAGAUGCAGAAUAUUGGGCUCUGUCCUCUAAAACAGGAGAGAAUGUUAAAGAAUUCUUCUUUCGUGCUGUGUCUUUGGCAUUUGACAGAGCUGUCUUAAGAGAACUUGAACCGACUGACGCUUCUGGCAAAAAAAUUGGAAAUAAUAUAUUUAAAAUCAACCGAGAAGAUUCAAAUCUUUUUGAAAAAUCAAGAAGUGGACCAAAAUGUUGUCACUGAUGCCAUUCACAGCUGUUCUUGGACAAUUUGCAAUUGAACCAAAGUCAUUUGUAUUUUGUAUUUAACUGUGCUCAUGAUUUAAAAGGGAUUUAUUUUAUAUACCUAUUCCUUUAUAUCUGUCCCACAUACCUACAUUUAAAAAUUUAUUAUCAGGGAAUGCUUUUUUAGCAAGUUAUAUGUAUAUCUGUUUAUAUUUUUACUCUUAUUUUAUGCUCAUUAUCAGUUUGUCAGAAUCAAAAUUCAGGGUAUUGUAUUUUAAAACCAAAUCCAGAAAGAAAAAAAAAGCAUGAAAGUAAAGGUGGGCAGAUAAAUGGAAGAAGAAAACUUAGGCAUUAACAUGCUAUGUUUAAAGUCCUUUGCUUAAUCUUGCAUGUUCAGUAAUACUUAUCGAAGGGGGAUAAUCCCCAUCGACUAAAGGCCAUAUCCAAUAAAAAAAAGAAAAUUUUUUUA